UGCCAAGUGGCCGCGGAGGAGGCAGGAGACAGCGCUCCGCUUCCUUUGUGUCUCCCCCCGGGCUUCAGCCCAGGCUCCCCCUCAGCCUCCUGCACUGCACUGCACAGCACUGCACCGCACAGCACUUACUGACAAAUCAAUGGAAAUGGAUUACAAAAAGUACAGUGAGUGUUUUUGGACCAGUGGUACAGAGAAAGGCGACAUCGAAGCAGUUGAAGCACUCAUGUCAAUGAGCUGUAGUUGGAAAACAAAUGUCAAAAACUACACUGAUCUUAGGCCAUUGACCCCGGUAUCUGAUGGGUCUGAGGAAACUGAAGAUGGUGUACCCAGCUCUCCUGACUUCCAUACUUUACCACAGUUUUGUCUGACGCCACCAUACAGCCCUCCGAACUUUGAGGUGUCUCAAGUGGUUCAUCCUCUGAUGAGAGCCCUGGUGCCCCAGACUUCAAUGUCCAAAGUGGAGCUUCAUUCAACCAAACAAGCUAACAUGGUCCCAGAUGUAUCGCCAGUAUCCAAAGAGGUCAGUCCACUGCAGUACAUGAAGACAGGAAACAGCAGAGCAAGACAAAGAUCUCAAGCCACAAGUGUGAUUCGCCACACCGCAGAUGCACUACCAUGCACGAGUGGCUCCUGCCUAGUUAACAUGAGUACUACAUCCACUGAGCAGGAAAUGAUGUACAGGACCAAUCCAGGGAGUAGGAAUGAACAGAAAAGCAGAGAAACUGUGAGCACCAAAAUGAACUCUCUAUCAAGUGAUGCGUUUUUUCCAGUCAAAUUGGCUGAAAAUAAAAUAUCAAAAGCAGACAAACCCAAUCAGUGCCCAGUAACGACUAUUCAUUCCCUGUCAUUCUUCAAACAAUCUGCUUUACCAAAUUCCCAGCUUCCUGCAGCUGCUCCGAGCCAGUUGGCUUCAGUGUUGGUGCCGUCUCAGAAAGUCUCAUCUCUUGCUGUUCCACCAGCAUCUAUCAUCUGCCAAAUGGUACCCUUUGCCACAAAUGGCUCUAUUACGACUGCUGUAAUUCCUCACACUGCACCCAGGAAGCAGUCAGCUCUGAAACCGCCUGUCGUGUUCAUGGGGACCCCACUUUCAAAGACUGCGGUGAUGUUUGUUGUGCCUCAGCCCACUCCCCAGAACAUCAAACCACGGCUCACCAGCCUGGGUGGUACCCGUCUCUCUCUUAUUGCUCCUGCCCCUGGCUUCAUGCCAGCAGUCCAGCUCAUUCCCCAAGCUGAUGCAUCUCGAGAUCGAAGCCAUAUAUGUGCUCACCCAGGUUGUGGGAAGACGUACUUCAAAAGCUCUCACCUGAAGGCCCACAUGAGGACUCACACAGGUGAGAAGCCCUUCAGGUGUAGUUGGGCAAGCUGUGAUCGAAGGUUUGCACGUUCUGACGAAUUAUCCCGACACCGCAGGACCCACACUGGAGAAAAGAAAUUUGCGUGUCCAAUGUGUGAGCGGCGGUUUAUGAGGAGCGACCAUCUCACUAAGCAUGCACGGCGCCACCUGUCCUCCAAGAGGUUCCCAAACUGGCAGCUGGAAGUGAGGAAGCUCAAUAAUGCCAUCAUUUCCCCAGCGCCUGCUCCAUAAACCAUGCAAUCUCUGACUCUUCAAGCACUUCUGUCUGUAUAAAAGGGCUGUUAGAUUUUGAACCACUGAACUGCAUAGGGAGUGCAGAAACAAGAUGUUUUUAUAUGUCGUGUGAAAAUUUUUGAAAGCACAACGUGAGGUGAACAUGGAAUACUGGAGCAACAGUGAUUUUUGCACUUCGGACAAUGCUGAUGGCCUUACCCAAUGACUUAUACAGAAAUAUUAGGAUGUAAAUAAUGCUACAUUUUUUAAGUUUAUAAAUGUUACCAGUGUAUAUGUGGAAAGAGUUUGUAAUUAUUUGUGGGCUAUUUAUUGGUUUCAUACAAUCACUGCAAAUUGUUUAAAAUAUACUUUUUGUUAUUGAAUUUAUUGCUUUUCUUCUGGGCCCUGUAGCUGUUUGCUCUAUCUUUUAGCAAUAUUGUUUUUUUGUUUGUUUUCUUGGUGUCCCAACCAUUUUGCAGGUUUUCACGGAAAUCUGCACAGUUGUAGCAUUUAUCCCCUAUAUUACAUACUAUUGAGUUUAGUCCUGGCUUCAUUGUGCAUUAUUAUCUUAGUUCACCAUAGCAGUAUUUGGAAUAGAAAGUAAUUUAACCCUUAAAUUACAGUUUAAUCCAUUUGCUGCAUUACCAACCAAACAUUUCCUUUCAGCAAGCAGGGUGGGUGUGAAAGAAUUAAUACCCGCUGCUUUCACAAGUCUUACAAUAAUGGAGCAUCAUUAGGUGAAUCAACAACUUACUUGGAUUUUGCACAAUGUUUUGUUUCAUUGAUAAACUUUGUUUACAUGUUCAAUAAAUUGAGACAAUAAAUUGUCUAUUGC